AUCUUCUGUCGGUUACUUGUAACCUGCAAGCCCGGUAGAGCGCUCAUCCAAAUUCCUUUGGUUGGGCUCUAUGUGCACCAUUGCUGCGUCAGCUGUUAUGUGCGCAAUAUCCUAAACAAUACGCCCCACCAUUCCCUCAUUUGUCGCACCCAGCAACGCUACUCCUGCACGCUCGAUACUAUUACCCACCACAUUCCGCCACUCCUACAUCUUCUACCACCCCUCUUCUCCAGUACUCGAUAUGGAUAUUGACACGGUUCGUAGCAUUUUAUGCGAUCUCGAUUUGGAGAAAUACCAUACAUCAUCGACACAGAAGCUGGGUGGCGACGAGGUGUGGCCGCCGGCUGUCGAAGAUGCAUUUCUUGAGGCUGUGCAUGUGUUUGCAUCGGUCGGGCCAGCGGAAGUACCAAAUUGACGAGAAGCUGCCCAGCGGCAACAACAUUGAGCUUGUGGGCCGGAACGAUAUCAUCUCGCGGUACAUCUUCAUGAAGACCGACAAGUACCGGGCACGCAAGCAGGUCUCGUCGCACAUCCAGGUCUGGGCGCACUGUAAGAAGCCACCAAGCAACCGCGACAUGAGCAUGGAUACAUUCCAGGAGCUUCAGCAGAUCUUCCGCCUGUAUUAUAGCCGGCCGACAACAGAUUUCGCGCAGCCAAAGAAAAAGAUCCGGCGUGUUGUUUCUGCCAGCAGCGUGCCUGCCUCUACCCGUCUCACCGCCAGCGAUGCUCUUGGCAUCUUCGACCACGGCUCCCCACGCCCCUCUGACAUACCACCAACCCGGAAACAUGCCUUGCCAGGUAGCGAGCCAGCUGCAAAGCGGUGCAAGCGAGUGCUAUCAGGAGUUCUCGAGCCGAUCACUCUCGUCGCUCUGUGAUAGCAGGGAUAUGCCAAGCGACAGAGAGUCGAUGAAUCCGCUGUGGCUGGUAACGUACCA